AUGAGUCUGGCAGAAAAGAUGAAAGCAAAACAUGUGGAAGCUAGCACUGAUUCACAGUUAGUAGUCAAACAAUACCAAGGAGAGUAUGAAGCCAAAGACAACACCAUGGCUCAGUACAUGGCAAAAGUAAAAGAGAUGGCCAAUGUAUUCGAAACUUUUAAGCUGGAAUACAUUCCCCGAGGGAGAAACAGAAAGUCUGAUGCCCUUAGUAAGCUAGCCUCAGUAGCAUUCGAUCACUUAGCAAGAGAAGUCAAAGUGGAAGUCCUAACCUCCCCCUCCAUCAGUACAGAGGAGGUAGCUGCAGUUGAAAACACACAAGAAACAUGGAUGACACCAAUUGUAAAGUUCCUCAGGGACGGGACCCUUAUCUGCCGGAACAAAACAAUGUUCUCUCCUAAAGGCUAA